GAUUUAGUGUUGUCAAAUGAACCGUCGACAGGCUCAGGGGCUGCUGUCCCAAAUCAUAGCAGUAUUACACUCUUUCUGACCUGGGGUCUAUUCUUUAAUAACAUCACCCUGAUGUAGAUCUAUAAUAGCUGUUUUAAAUAGCAACACAGCGUCGUUCGUUCAAAAUGUGUAAGUUUGCAGAGGGCAGAGUGUGGGCAUUGUUAUGGGGUAUCUUGGAAGUAUGUUGGGUGAUCGCAUCGGCUGCCCAGGGUGCAGCGUCGCCUUUCACAGAUGACAUCCCCUUCAGAGUUACCUGGCCUGGAUCUGAAUUCACAAUGCCAAAAACUGGUGUCCUAUACAGAGAGGAAGAAUAUGUCAUCAUGACAACGACCAAUAAAGAAAAGUAUAAGUGCAUGCUUCCUUCACUGGCAAGUGGAGACGAGGAUGAUGAUAAGAAUUACAGCGGCCCAAACCCUGCAGAUCUCCUAGAGCCACUAUUUAAACAAAGCAGCUGCUCGUACAGAAUUGAAUCUUACUGGACAUAUGAAGUGUGCCAUGGGAAGCAUGUUCGCCAGUAUCAUGAAGAGAAGGAGACCGGGCAGAAAAUAAAUAUUCAAGAAUAUUACCUUGGAAGUAUGAUUAAAAAGAGUGAACCAGCCACAGCAGUAGUGGAAUCAGAGAAAAUGGAAGAAACAGAACAGAAAGAGAUUCCUACCAAAAAUGUUGAAGGCCAGAUGACCCCAUAUUACCCCUUGGAGAUGGGGAAUGGUACACCCUGCACGCUAAAACAACAUCACCCCCGAUCAAGCACAGUAAUGUACGUCUGCCACCCUGACGCUAAACAUGAGAUCCUCUCCGUAGCUGAAAUCACCACCUGUGAAUAUGAAGUUGUGGUGCUCACCCCACUGUUAUGCAGCCAUCCUAAAUACAGAUUUAAAUCCUCUCCUGUGAAUGACAUCUUCUGCCAGUCACUCCAGGGAUCCCCACUGAGGCCACAGAGCCUGACCCAGCUAGACAGAGAGCAGCAGGAUCUGAUGAAACCAGCCUUCAUCAGCAGGGACAAAGAGGAAGAGACCUCCUCAGUAAGAGAAGAACGAUUCAGUUCCACCCACAAGCCCAUCAGUGUUGGAGGCCAGCAGCAGGUGACUGUCGGAACCACACACAUCUCCAAACUGACUGACGAGCAGCUCGUUAAGGAGUUUCUCAGCGGCUCCUACUGUCUCCACGGGGGUGUCGGAUGGUGGAAGUAUGAAUUCUGUUAUGGAAAGCAUGUGCACCAGUACCAUGAGGACAAGGAGACUGGAAAGACCAUUUUGGUUGUGGGCACCUGGAAUCAGGAAGACCAUUUAGGAUGGGCAAAGAAAAACGUAGCUCGAUCCUACCAGCUAAAAGAUGAUGACAUGCAGAAAGUAAAGGUCGUCUCGCAUUUCUAUGGCCAUGGAGAUGUUUGUGAUUUAACAGGGAAACCCAGAGAAGUGAUCGUAAAACUUAAAUGCAGAGAGUCUGAAUCCCCCCAUGCUGUCACUAUUUACAUGCUUGAACCACAAGCCUGUCAAUACAUCCUUGGGGUGGAUUCCCCAGUUAUCUGUAAAGUUUUAGAUACUGCAGAUGAAAAUGGAAUGCUAUCAGUACCCAUUUAAACCAGUCCCCCACAUCAGAUUCACACAGAGCGUGCCAGGGAAUCAACCCUCCACUGAAGUUUUUUUUAAUUAUUAUUUUUAUUACUAUUUCUGUUGGAUUUAAUGCCUUCAGCACCUAUCAUGCUAAAGAGGCGAACACAAGUUUCAAGGGAGCAACUUUUGUUUUCCCCAAACGGACUGCACAGCUAAUACGCUUGAAAGAUUGUGUGUGUGUAUAUAUACUGUAAUAGUGUAAAUAAAUUAAAAAUGCUUUUAUAUCGGAAGCAUAAACAUAGUGCUUGUUUUACAUUUUGAUUGAAUUAAAUAUACUGUAUAACAA